AUGGCCUUCUUCGGAUCGACCCAGCUUGGAUAUGGUAUUGCCAUGUAUUUGAAGAAGAUCAUCGUCUCCAGCGUAAGCAAUCUGGAUGGGAAGGUCGCAGUGGAGCACGAGCCUAUGGGAUCGGAUCAAAACAUUGUCCUCAUACCGAUCUGGGAGAAGGAGUCUCGGUGGCCGAAAGAGAUCCUCUGCGAUCUCUUCCACACGGCUCAGCUGUCAGUGCGGAGGUAA